UUUCCUGUUUUAUUUAGGGUUCUUGGCAUUGGAUCGCGGCCAUGGCCGCUGGAUCAUCGCGGCAGCAGCAGCAGCAGGACACGGUGGUGCCGCCCUAUGUGAAGGCGCUGUCGGGAUCGCUGGGCGGCAUUGUGGAGGCGAGCUGCCUCCAGCCGAUCGAUGUGAUCAAGACGAGGCUGCAGCUGGACACCGCGAGGCAGUACAGGGGGAUCGCCAACUGCGGCGUCACGAUCGUCAAGAGCGAGGGCGUGCGGGCGCUGUGGAAGGGAUUGACGCCCUUCGCCACGCAUCUGACGCUCAAGUACACGCUGCGAAUGGGGACCAACGCGCUGCUCCAGACGUUUCUGGCCGAUUCCGACACGGGCAAGCUCAGCUCCGCGGCGAGGCUGGCCUCGGGAUUUGGAGCUGGAGUGCUGGAAGCGCUCGUUAUCGUCACACCAUUCGAGGUGGUGAAGAUCAGGCUCCAGCAGCAGCGGGGCCUCAGCCGUGACAAGCUCCUGUACAAGGGCCCGAUCCACUGCGCUGGAACGAUCAUCCAGCAAGAGGGGAUCCUGGGCCUCUGGUCGGGGGCUCUCCCCACCGUGAUGCGCAACGGGAUCAACCAGGCCGCCAUGUUCACCGCCAAGAACACCUUCGACUCCAUGCUGUGGAAGAAGCACGAAGGCGACGGACGAACUCUACAACCUUGGCAGUCCAUGGCGUCGGGAUUCCUGGCCGGGUGCGUCGGCCCCGUUUGCACGGGGCCUUUCGACGUUGUCAAGACGCGGCUCAUGGCGCAGAGCAAGAAGAAUCCAAAGUACUCUGGGAUGUUUCACGCGAUCGCCACCAUUCGAGCCGAGGAAGGCGUGCUCGCGCUGUGGAAGGGCCUGCUGCCCAGGCUGAUGAGAAUUCCUCCCGGGCAAGCGAUUAUGUGGGCAGUCGCGGACCAGAUCACCGGUUUCUACGAGCGAAAGUUCGUCCUGCCGUCGCCAUCGUCGACGUCGAAUGGAGUGAUCUGAUAUGAUCUGGAGGAGUCCAAGAGAAAGAACUCAGAGAAGUAGAGCUUUGAUCGAUCGAGAGGGUGAAACAAAAGAGCGAGCUGGAAACACGAAGAAGCCAGGCUUACGUUCUCGUGUAAGUCGUUUUUUGUUCUAAAACAUUGAAUAACUUGAAGAUUUCUUACAUGCAAUGUAAGCUUUUUUCCUUCCAGGUAUAAAGGGUGAGGAGCAUUCUUCUAUGCGGAUUUUUAGGGUUCUUGAUGGCGAGCGCGAGCUUCGUGAUUGCCGCGCCUCUCCAAUGCGGCGUCUCGCCGCUAUUGGAUUGCUCCGGCCAGAGGCGCAGGAGGAUCUCUGCGUUCGUGAGAUGCUGCUGGAAGGAAGUCGUGGAUUCUUCGUCUGGAAAGCCUUACUACUGGAACAUCAAAACGAAUGAGACGAGAUGGAAUUUGCCAAGUUUUCCUGAGGAGCCUCUUACUCCUGUUCUUGCGGAAGAGGAGCUCACGGCGAUUUUGCUCGCGGCCGACACCGAUAAAUUUGGGGACAUUGCGAACAACUACAGGCCUCAAUGCUUUGAGCUAAGCUACUUCGAUUAUCUGACUGCCAGAAUCGAAGCCAGCAAAGACAGUGAAUCCAAGCUAGCUUUGGAACGAUUGCGUGCAAGGCUGUCCAAUCCUUUGCUGAAGAAUCCUCCGCCAUGGGCUUAAUAAGCUGGCCAAAGCUGGCUAGUUUUGGAAUUUGGACAUUGCGAACAACUACAGGCCUCAAUGCUUUGAGCUAAGCUACUUCGAUUACAAUCUUACAUCAUCAAGCAUUCAAUCCAAGGAGAUUUCAUCUGAAUGUGUAUGAUUUGAUAACGUUGAGAGGAAGUUACCUUGAGGUUACCUUGAAUCACCUCUUCAAUUACUGUUGCCACAAUAGCACUCAAAGAAGCUAUCUGGCUCAAAGCUCAAGACGUUGCUCAAAGGGUUGUCCAAGAGAAUCCAGCUUCAUUUUAUUCAUGAACAAUGAGAAUAGUAGAGUUGGCCA